AGUUGAUAUUAACUUUCGACAUCGGGGGAUUACUCUCGGAAUCGAUUCUUACAACUAUAGCAGGAUCCAAGCAUGCGGCAUCAAAAUUUAAAGUUCUCCUCAGGCUGCAUUCAGCCUCUGUGAGCGUAUCAGAUAUUGUACUUCGAGCUGCGUCUGAGACUCCCCCAUGGAUCAGGUGCACUGCAAUGGCUGGUCUGGUUCUCAGAACCCAGAAAGCCGAACCAUACGCCUGUUUUGCCGUAUGACGCAAUGGUAUGGUAUCUUAAUCGAGAUCCAUCACCUACCAUUACGCAGAAGAUGCUUGUGGCAGUGGCACACCAACCGUGGGGUGGAGAUGUGCUAGCCCUGCUUCUCAAGCGCAACCCCAUAUUUAUCAUUUCCAAGGAGUUGAUGGAAGCAGUUUGCUACAACUGGGAGUUUGGAGAACACCAAUGCAGGCUCCUACUCAGCCACCAUAAGCACACCAGGGUCUCGGAGGAUAUCCGCUCUGCGGUCUUGAAAUGGGCGAGCGGUACGACGUCCAGUAUAUAUAAACUUAUCAGGGAGCAUAACGACGACAUUGAUUUUCGGUAACCCCUGAAAUACUGCCCGUGGAUAUCUGACACGCAUCUCUCAACGAUAUUUUGGAUACAAUGGACUACGAACUGCUCAUUUCACAGAGGGUGCCAGCGACCUGAGUCUCCAUCGUCUCUAUCCCAGCCAAUUCACGAAACGAAACAAACCCCUACGAUCUGCUAAUGAUAUAUGAUACGACAUGAUAUGACAAAUAUUUACUGCUAUUUAUUCUCGAUUUGUUCUCGAUUUUUCACCGCGAUUACCAUCACUCCCUGCAACUAUUUUGAGUUGGCCGUCACACUGUUUGGUGUGCUUGUAGCUAGUUUAGAUGUAUUUUUUGUAGUUUUAUUGAUAACGUAACGUAUGGGGUAGUCGGACAUAUGGGGUAGUCGGACAAAAAGUUUAUUCUACUCUAGUUGACCGAGUCCUACGUGCCAC